GGCGAAAUCUCCAACUAACUAAAUUUGCUCAGUACCAUUUUCGACUCAUGGCGGUGAUGAACGUGUCCGAAAAUAAAUGAUUGUUUCGAUUGUAAAAAAAAUAUUGACUGAAUUUGGUGCGGUUAAAUUGUUCAUCCGUGGAACAUGCAUCUGAAAAUGAAAAUAACCGAAAAAUCGCCAGAGGCAAAAUGAGACUGUGUUCGAAAUUGCAUUUUUGCACGGCGAUUGAUUGAAUAACGAUUGAAUGACUGAAUUGUGAAUGAAAAAAAAAAUGAAUAAUUACAUUUUGGGCAUAGUACUUUUGAUGGUAUGCCAAUGUUUUCUGGUGGCAGAAUGUAAUCCAGAUGCUAAACGAUUGUAUGACGAUCUGUUGAGUACAUACAAUCGACUAAUACGACCAGUGAGCAAUAAUACCGAAACUGUUUUGGUUAAGUUGGGCUUGAGACUGUCUCAGUUAAUUGACUUGAAUUUAAAAGAUCAAAUCUUAACAACGAACGUCUGGCUCGAGCACGAAUGGCAGGACUACAAAUUGAAAUGGGAUCCUUCAGAAUAUGGUGGUGUAACGGAAUUGUACGUUCCAUCCGAACACAUCUGGCUACCUGAUAUUGUGUUGUAUAAUAAUGCAGAUGGCGAGUACGUGGUUACAACACUAACUAAAGCGGUACUACAUUACACUGGUAAGGUGGUAUGGGUACCACCUGCUAUUUUCAAAUCAUCCUGUGAAAUUGAUGUCCGUUAUUUUCCGUUCGAUCAACAAACGUGCUUUAUGAAAUUUGGCUCCUGGACGUAUGACGGCGACCAGAUUGAUCUGAAACACAUCAGCCAGAAGAAAGACGAUGACAACAAAGUGGAGCUGGGUAUUGAUCUGCGAGAAUUUUAUCCUAGCGUUGAAUGGGACAUAUUAGGCGUGCCAGCUGAACGACAUGAGAAAUACUAUCCGUGUUGUGCUGAGCCAUAUCCUGAUAUUUUCUUCAACAUAACUCUCCGCCGCAAAACUCUGUUCUACACUGUCAAUUUAAUCAUUCCUUGUGUUGGCAUUUCCUAUCUGUCGGUACUCGUAUUCUAUCUACCCGCAGAUUCCGGCGAAAAAAUUGCACUUUGCAUUAGCAUUCUUCUGUCGCAAACGAUGUUCUUUUUGCUGAUAUCCGAAAUUAUACCAUCUACGUCACUAGCACUGCCAUUACUCGGUAAAUAUCUUCUGUUCACAAUGGUACUGGUCGGGCUGAGCGUCGUAGUUACGAUCAUAAUAUUGAACAUUCACUAUCGAAAACCGAGUACGCACAAAAUGGCGCCAUGGAUCCGAAAGUUUUUCAUCAAAUUUCUGCCCACCCUAUUGCUGAUGCGCGUGCCAAAAGAUUUGCUUCGCGAUUUGGCGGCCAAAAAAAUCAACUACGGCAACAAGGUGAAGAAAUCGAAAUUCGGCGCUGCCCUAGCAGCCGAAAUGCAAAUCAAUUCGGGCGGUUCCAGUCCGGAUUCGAUUCGACGAAUGCAGGGCCGUGGUGGAUGUAACGGAUUGCACAGUACAACGGCAACGAAUCGAUUCAGCGGUCUGAUGGGUGCUUUGGGCGGAGGAUUGGGAAAUUUGGGCGGUUACAAUGGAUUGCCGUCGGUUAUGUCCGGUUUGAAUGAGUCGUUGAGUGAUGUGGCACCGCGAAAAAAAUAUCCAUUCGAAUUGGAAAAGGCUAUUCAUAACGUUAUGUUCAUACAGCAUCAUAUACUUCGUCAAGACGAAUUUAAUGCGGAAGAUCAAGAUUGGGGUUUUGUGGCAAUGGUAUUGGAUCGCCUAUUUUUGUGGUUGUUCAUGUCCGCAUCCGUAUUGGGAACGUUUGUAAUUUUAGCCGAAGCACCAGCUCUGUACGACGACACGAAGCCAAUUGAUGUGGAAUUAUCAGUCAUUGCUCAACAAAUAUACAAUUUGACUCUUAAUAAUAAACAUAAAUAAAAACACGGAUUUAACCAGGGCCGAUCGAUCGUCCUCUUUGGUCUGAACUUAUCUGAACAAUCGAUAAAAUAAUAAAAUUCUGGAAAUGAAAAGAUAAAUUGCCAAAAGUUAACUUAAUCCAUGAUAACGUAGAAUAUUUGUAAGAGUUGAUAAAAUAUCACUUCAACCAUCAAUUAGCCGAAUUAUAAGUUGAUAAGAACUUUCGUAGCAUUCUAAUGAAACGUUGAGUUUGUUUGUUUUUUUAAAUUUAAAUAAAAUUUUAAAAUAU